CGAGAAACUUCCAAAGGACGAGAGAGGGAUGAUUUGUGUGGUAUUUUGAACUAAUCUGAUUCGAAUUUCGAAUCCGACGUACAUAUAUAACAUGGCGAUCAGAUCGAUGGUGGCUCUGCGCCUUGUAUUGGUGUUCGCCUUGAUACAGUCGGUUGUUGCGAGUUGGAGAAACACAGUCUCAACCCCCAGCACAGAAUCCGACAAAGAUGACCUAACAGCCCGCUACCCAGUCCAUAAAAUCAAAAUCCCCAUAGACCACUUCCGCUCCGACCCACGCUACGAACCCCACACGGAAGAAAAGUUCGAUGUUCGCUACUGGUUCGAUGCCAGCCAUUACAAGAAAGGCGGCCCGAUAAUCGUGUUACACGGCGGUGAGACAAACGGCGAGGGCCGCCUCCCAUUCCUGCAAAAGGGCAUUGUGAAAAUUCUCAGCGAGGCUACCAAUGGCCUUGGUGUCAUCCUUGAACACCGGUACUAUGGCGAGAGCUUCCCGACAGCGAACCUGUCGACGGAGAGUUUGCGUUUCUUGACCACCGAGCAGGCGUUGGCGGACUCGGCGUAUUUUGCGCAGAAUGUUGUGUUUGAGGGGUUUGAGGAUGUGGAUUUGACGGCGAAGGGGGGUAAUGCGCCGUGGAUUAUUUAUGGAGGGUCGUAUGCCGGGGCGCAGGUGGCAUUCCUUCGCGUAGAGUAUCCCGAUAUCUUCUGGGGCGCCAUCUCAUCCUCAGGCGUGCCAAAGGCCAUCUACGACUUCUGGGAAUACUUCGAGCCUGUCCGCAAAUACGGCCCGCCAGAAUGUAUCUCCACCACGCAAAAAUUCGUUGACAUGGUCGAUAAAAUCAUAAUCGGCCUCAACGACUCCGAAAAAACGAAGAGAUUGAAAUCCCUGUUCGGUCUGGGAGAACUGACCCAUCACGAUGACUUUGUAUAUUCCCUUGCGUGGGGCAUCAGCUAUUGGCAGUCAGUCAACUGGGACCCGGCCAUCUCGACGCGGAAAUUCGACUACUACUGCGGAAACCUCACGGCAGAUGAGUUGUUGUAUGACAACGGUGAUAAGAAGGAGGAGGCGAAGGAGCUCCUUACUGCUGGAGGUUAUGGGAAGGAAGCAGAUGCUUUGGCGAAUCGACUACUCAAUUUCGCCGGCUUCGUUUAUGUCGAUCAAGUGACUGGCUGUGAGAGGAGGGAGCAGACACUGGACGAAUGUCUAGGGCAACAUGAGCUGCCGUGGUUUAAGAAUGAUAGCCUUGCGCUAGCGGACUAUCGGUGCUGGCCAUAUCAGGUUUGCACAGAAUGGGGCUAUCUCCAAGUCGGAAGCACCGUCCCCAAAGACCAAAUGCCCGUGAUCUCGCGCCUAGUCGACCUCGAGUACGCCAGCAUAAUGUGUCGAAAAGCCUUUGACAUCCACAAGCCAUCGGAUAUUGACAGGGUCAACAAGUAUGGCGGGUUGGACAUUGAAUAUGAUCGGCUGGCUUUCGUCGAUGGAGAAGUCGACCCUUGGCGUCCAGCAGGACCUCAUGCGGAAGGGGCUAGACCACGAAAGAACACGAUCAACAAGCCGUUUAUUUUGAUAGAGGGGGCGGGUCACCAUUGGGAUGAGAAUGGCUUGUUUCCGAAUGAGACCACACCGGAUCUCCCGCCGAAACCCGUGGUAAAGGCACAGGCAGAGGAAGUUAAGUUUGUGAGGAGGUGGGUGAAGGACUGGAAAAAGAAAAAGAGCUGCGGCAAGUAUUAGGCAGCAGGCGACAGAUGACCUCCUGUGAGGGUAGAAGACAAGAGCGAUAUGGUUCAUGAGGAUACCUGAUGCUAUUUUGUUCAAAAUAGUCUGUAGAUAUUCGUGUCAAUUGAUAUGUCAAUGGUUCAUCUGAUAACCGCAAAUUGUCCACGCAGAGAGGUAGUUUUCUCGCGACAGAUAUUUCUGCCUGCGGUUAAUGAGAGGGUAACUACUACUACUAGUAUCUUCCGCGAUUACAUAGCAGGGAUUCUCAACCCUUGAAAUAGCAUGGAUGGAUCGCCUGUCAGUCUGUCAGAAGCGAUGUCAGAAGCGAUGUCAGACGCUAGCCACAGUGUUUGCGGGUCAGCUGGGCGUUGGUGUUGUCUUUGUUCCGUUGGUGGCUUCGAUGGACGGGAAUAGUUCUUCAAAUCCCCCCGU